AUGACAGUCACUACCGAACCAGAAGCUCUGCUUUCUUACCUGCAGAAGGCCGAUGGCUCUGCCACCUUCUCGUACGCCGGCUACACUGUCAUCGGCGCUGUGAACGGGCCCAUUGAGGUGCAAAGAAGAGACGAACUGCCAGAAGAGGCUGCUGUCGAUGUCAUCGUACGACCGGCCGCCGGAGUAGGAGGCACACGAGAGCGACACCUUGAGUCUUUAAUACAGUCGACUCUCCGCCAGAUCAUCCUCGUCAACAACUUCCCGCGCACCCUCAUCCAGGUCGUUCUGCAGGUCACCGUCGCACCAGAGAACGACUAUGCCAACGCAAAGGUCGCCCAGGCCAACCUGAAUCUGCCUAUCCUGCCCGCUCUGCUACAAACCGCCGUUCUGUCCCUACUCUCGGCUGCGCUCCCGCUGAGGGCCACAUUGGCAUCGACUGCCCUAGCUAUCCUCCCGGAACAUGGGGAUCGGAGGAUCAUUUCGAGUCCGACAGGACGGCAAAUUGAGCAGUCUCAGUCCUUUCAUGUAUUCGCCUUCACCUCACACGAUGAAUUAAUCCUUGCCGAAAGCGAGGGAAGCUUCAGCAUGAAGGAGUGGGACGACGCUUUAGCUGCAGCGCAAGGUACAUGCUACCCACCGACUACGACUGGCGACACCGAUGUCCUCAUGGAUGACGACAAGCUUGUCGGAUCGGACUUGAAGCAUUUCACACGCUCAACUAUGGAGCAGAAGACAGCCUCGGAUCUGUAUUGGAAGUAA